AAAAAAACCGAAUGCUUGAACAGCAAACCCGCAAUAGCGAACGGCAACGCUACACGCAUGAAGUGUGAGAUGCGUUACGGCAGUUACAGAUGGGUCGCUUCGAGAUUCAUCCGCCGGGUCCAUUUUUCAACCGCCCUACCAACGCCUGCGACCGUCGGGAUCCGACGAGGCCGCGCCGGCCGAGCGGCGGAAAGCGCGGGCCACGACCUCACAGAAACCGGCGGUGACGUACUGACGUCUCGGCUCUUGGCACCCGGCGGACGCGAGCACGCGACACGCCACUACGCCACGGAGGAGGAGAUGGGGGAGCUGGGCCUGGUCGAAUCCGGGGUUCCGUCUUCCGUGCCAGGCCGAACAAUCCCACGCCGGCGAGCUCUCGGGCGAGGCAAUCACCAAGCACGCAAGCAACCCGCCCAAAAGACCUUGUCCUCGCACGGCUCCCUCCUCCUGCCUCCGUCCGCGCCCACGGUUUCACACUCUCGGUUCCUUCCUCGCGGAAGGCUCCGUUCCGUGCGCCACGCCCGAAGCAACCGCUCGCUCGCCCUCCUCGCCAAACCGCACAGCGCACACCCACCAAAGCCAGACCCCCCAAACCGCUCUAGCCGAUGGAGGUGGAGGCGGCGGCGGACGAGAGGGGGAAGAAGGGCGCGCCCGGCGGCGGCGUAGGCGGCGGCGGGCUCGAGUGGGAGCUCGAGCGGCAGUACGACUUCGAGCGGGAGAUGAUGCUGAUGGCCGCCGCGGCGCCGGGCGCCGGGCCGCAGCAGCAGCGGCGGCAGCGGCCUUUCACCGCCGAUCUGCUCCAGAACUGCGACCUCCCUCCUCCCGCCAAGCUCUUCGGCCCCGUCCCGACCCUGCAGAGGUUGGAGAGCGCGGCGGGGGCGGACCAGAAGGGCGACGCCGCCGGCGGCGGCGGCGGGAACAACGACAGCCUGCUUCGCGCGCUGCGCCUGUCGCAGUCGCGCGCGCGGGAGGCGGAGGAGAAGCUGGCGGCCGCGGGGGCCAGCAACGGGGAGCUCGCGGCGCUGCUGGUGCGGGACUCGGUGGCGCUGUCCGCGCACCGCCGCUGGGUCAUGAUGCUGGAGGCCGAGAACUCCCUGCUCAGAGGAGGAGGCGCGCGCCCCCGCGGCGCGGAGCCGGACCCGGACGACGACGGCGACGCGCGGCGCGGCGGCGGGGGCGUGGCCGCGUGGUGGGUCGCGCUCGCGGUCUGCGUCGGCAUCGCCGGCGUCGGGCUCGCGCUCGGCAGGCUCCUCUGCUGAAGCCGUGAGCGUCGUUCUCCCUUCUCCCGGAUUUUGUAAAAGCGGAAACCGCGGAUCGGAGGAUCAAUCAAAUCCACCACCUUAUCCAGGUUAGAACAGUUCAUUGGCAAUGAUAAGGGCGCGCAAGUUUUUCGGAAAACGGAAAAUAUUACAGCUCGGUAAGAAAUUGUGAUCGACGCUUAGGCACUCUCUUCUUCUGCUGUAAAUCGGGCAGUAAAUACUAAAUAGGAUUGGACUAGAAGCUGCCGUGUCUAUCACUGCACGCUUUCGUGAAAAGGGUAAAAGGGAAAAAUCUCAUGGUCGGAACGGGCCUUUCAGGUUGUCUACAUGCCGAUGCCUGCCUUCAGGUUCCGGCGAUUCCGCGA